CAAAUGUAAUUUUACCUGUUAAGUGAUUUAUUCCGUUUGAUUUUGAUCAAUUCAAUGCAGUUUCUAAGAUCUCGAGCAUGUCAUUCAUAAUUCAGUUUUAAUUUCUUCGAUUUCGAUUCAAAAAGUAUUAUCGGUUGAUCGAUCUAAUAGAUAGACUAUAUAUACAGUUGUAGAUUGUUGCGGCUGGAGUCACUUGAAUCAAUGUGCCAUAUUAUAGCUUAAAAUAUGAUAUAUCACCUUAAGAAGAGGCGGAAAUCUGGCGUAAAGUUCUGGAGAAAUACUUUUGAGCAAUCGAAUCUAAGAUCUGAGAGAGGAAGAUGAAGUUCUACAACCUCUGGAAUAAAGAAACUAUCGCUAUCUUUCACUAUGGCAGGCGGAGUAACCGGUGGCGCCGAUCUGAAUAAAGGCAAGGGAUCAAUUCUCCGUCGGUUAUCUUAUCGCACUCUGUUGCCAGUUCUGUUGAUGCUUGGAAUUCUCUUCGUAAGAAUUGCAUUCGUCGUCAUCGAAUCGACUGCCGCUUGUUCACCAUUAGAAUGCAUACGAUUCAGUUUUUUCGGCCGAGGCGACGCCGUACUGCUCAGAGAUGAGUUAAGAAGAGCCAUUUCUGAAGCAAGUGAUGUAGAAGAUGGGAUGGUUGGAGUAACCGACCCGUUUGAUGGGUCUAUGCUACCAUCGUUUAAGGAUUUUGUGAAGGAUGCGACUUCAAUGGAGGACCUCAAAACGUUUGCUUUCAAGACAAAAGUUAUGAUGUUGAAACUGGAGCAUAGCGUAAAAUCAGCUAAGAAGCGUGAGUCGAUAUUCUGGCAUUUAGCUUCACAUGGAAUCCCCAAGAGCUUAAACUGUCUUUGUCUUAAGUUGGCAGAAGAGUAUGCAGUAAAUGCCAUGGCACGAUCUCCCUUACCAAAACCACAAAGUGCUUAUCGUCUAACAAGCCCUUAUUUUCAUCACGUGAUUCUCCUAACCGACAAUGUUCUCGCCGCCUCGGUUGUGGUCACCUCUACCAUAGAAAGUUCCUCUCACCCUGAGAAAUUAGUUUUCCACGUAGUAACCGACAAGAAAACUUACUCAUCUAUGCAUGCAUGGUUUGCACUCAACUCAUUAAUUACCUCGUCAUCAGCCAUUGUUGAAGUGAAGGGACUACAUCAAUACGAUUGGUCUCGCGAACUCGAUGUCUCUGUCAAAGAGAUGCUUGAUAUUCAUCGCUUGAUUUGGAAACAAUAUAACUUCAACAACAUACAACAACAACAACAAGAUGAUCAUCAUGUCUUAAGCCCUGCCUAUCUUUCUCUCUUGAAUCAUCUCCGAAUAUAUAUUCCCGAGAUGUUUCCUGAGCUGGACAGGGUGUUGUUCUUGGACGAUGAUGUGGUGGUACAGCACGACUUGUCUAGUUUAUUUGAAAUGGAUCUUAAUGGGAAAGUCAUAGGUGCAGUUUUUGACUCACCAGGGUGCAGUACUAAUGGAGGUCGACACGAAUGCUGUCCAGGAAGAAUGUACAAGAACUACUUCAAUUUCUCUCAGACUGUCAUAUCAUCUAAGUUUGCCCAAGACGACGCAUGUGGAUGGUUAUAUGGCACGAACAUCUUUGAUCUUCAAGCAUGGAGGAAGACCAACGUUACUAGAGCUUACCAUCAAUGGCUUAAACUUAAUGUAAAAUCUGGAUUGGCAUUAUGGGAAGCUGGAACACUGGCACCAGCAAUGUUAGCAUUUGAAGGAUAUGUGCAUCCAAUUGAGAGUUCAUGGCACGUUGCUGGAUUAGGCAGUCGGUUCUUACCAGAAGAAUUAUUAGUAAUAAAUUUGGAAAAAGUGGCGGUUCUGCACUAUAGUGGACCGGCAAAGCCAUGGCUUGAGGUUGGGGUCCCUGAACUAAGAACCAUUUGGUGGCGAUAUGUAAAUGUUACAAACGAAUAUAUUAGGAAUUGUAGAAUUAAUUACUAGUAUAUAAAUAUUAGGAGGAAUUAACUAGGAACCAUUUCAAUAGAUAUAUAACUGCUGCUGCUGGGCUGACAAGAGGGAAGAAGGUUUUGCCUUCAGCCUCGAUCUCUCUCUUUUUCAUA